UUUUCUAUUUAGGUUUUAUACAUGAAUUAAACUAGUUGUUAGGCUUAAAGUUUUAAAAAUUUGUAGCAUAAAUUAAGCAAAAUGCAGAGCAUAGGAUGGACGCUGAUCAUGAAACGCGGCUGCUUGUGCCGGAAGGAGACGCUGAACAUCAAUGGAUCCCGUUACACGAUCCGCGAAAGGCUAGCCCAAGGGGGCUUCAGUCUCAUCGACCUUGGGGAAAACGCGUCCACGCGCCGGAGCUAUGCGAUAAAGCGCAUCACCUGCCACAGCAUCGACGACCAGAACAUAGCCCUGCGGGAAAUCGAAAACUGCCGGAAAAUCGACUCAGAGAACGUCAUACGAGUGGUGGACUACGAGCUAAAGGGCCAGGCGGACAUUGUGAUCAACACAACUAGCACCUUGUACAUCGUGCUGCCCUACUACAAGCAUGGAGCUCUGGCGGAUCACUUGCUGGCACGGGCGCGGAAACAGGACCACAUGCCCGAGGCGCAGAUCCUGCAGAUCUUCCUGGGCGUCUGCGAGGGACUGAAGGCCAUCCACGAGGCAAAGCCGGUGCCGCUGGCCCACCGGGAUCUAAAAACUGCCAACAUCUGUCUCUCGGACUCGUUCGAGCCCAUCAUCGUGGAUCUGGGCUCCAUGACGGAGGCGCGGCUGCAGAUAGUGGGCCAAUCGGAUGCCCAGCGGCUGCAGGACGAAGCGGAGGAGAGAAGCUCUAUUGUUUACAGGGCUCCUGAGCUAUUUACCGUGAAAUCAUACUGCACCAUCGACGAGAGAACGGAUAUUUGGAGUCUUGGAUGUGUGCUGUAUGCAAUGUGCUACUUCAGCUCACCCUUUGAUCCCAUUUACGAGCGAGGCGACAGCGUGGCUUUGGCCGUGCUCAGCGGCAAUGUAAACAUUCCAGAAGAUUCCAUAUACACAGACGACAUGCACGAAUUAAUCAACUACAUGCUACGUACCGAUCCCAUGGAACGACCGUUCAUCUUCAGUGUCAUCGAACGCACCCACGAUCUGAUACAAAAGCUUGAGGGUCGCUUGUAGCUCCCUCUCACUGGAUUCCAACUCGUCUAAACGCAUUUCAUUAAGCCAGAUACACCGCUAACUGUUUUUUGACUAUGUAUUAUUGUAACAUAAUUGUAAACCUGCUGCGAUUUUGCAAACUAAUGUCUAA